AUGUAUUCACGUUUCCAAGAAGGACUAGAUCUUGCCAAUGAGAAAUUUCCACUUAAGAUUGAAAAAACAUGUGGUGUUUUUGGCUUGCUCGUUAAAUUAAUUUUGUGGUGCAGGAGAAUUAAUGAGCUUGUUGAUGGCCCUAAUGCGUCACACAUAAUUCCAGAAGCUUUAGAUAGGUGUGAGGAAAGUCUGGAAGAUAUUUUUAACGGGAGGCUAUUUGAUUUGCUUGAUGCAGCCUUAUCCGAUACUGUUUCCAGAUUUCCUGUUGAUAUUCAGCCAUUCAGAGAUAUGGUUGAAGGAAUGCGUAUGGACUUGUGGAAAUUCAGAUACAACAACUUCGAUGAGCUAUAUCUAUAUUGUUACUAUGUCGCUGGUACAGUAGGAUUGAUGAGUGUUCCAGUUAUGGGCAUUGCACCUGAAUCAAAGGCAACAACAGAGAGUGUAUAUAAUGCAGCUUUGGCUUUAGGGAUCGCAACUCAACUAACCAAUAUACUCAGAGAUGUAGGAGAAGAGCUUGCUCUUAUGAAACUUAUAAAGCUAAAUUGUUGCGCACGGGCAAUGAAUCAUCUAGUACCUCAAGAUGAAUUAGCACAGGCAGGGCUCUCCGAUGAAGACAUUUUUGCUGGAAGAGUGACUGAUGAGUGGAGGAUAUUUAUGAAGAAGCAAAUUCAGAGGGCAAGGAAAUUCUUUUAUGAGGCAGAAAAAGGUGUCAUAGAAUUGAGCUCUGUCAGUAGAUGGCCGAGGAGAGGAAAAAGAUCUUGAACAACGUUCGUCAUAAACUGAAGGUAUGUUGUGUGUCUAAGAGCACAAACUGUUUUAGUUUA